AUGACGAGCACAGAUGAUAAGGAAGAACUUUUGGAACGUGCGAAAAUUGCUGAAAAGGCAGAGCGUUAUGAUGAUAUGGCAGAAACAAUGAAGAAGGUGACCGAGAGAGGUGACGAGCUAUCAAUAGAAGAGCGUAAUCUGCUAUCAGUGGCGUACAAGAAUAUCGUCGGAACGAAACGUUCAUCAUGGCGAGUCAUACAGACAAUCGAGCAGAAAUCAGGAGCAGUCGAGAAGAGGCAUCGCAUGGCGACAGUGUAUCGUGAACAAGUUGAAAAAGAGUUAAACUAUAUUUGUAACGAUAUUUUGGUUGGACCUUCAUUUGCUAGCAAUACGGUGAGUGUUGUUAGUAAAUACGAAAAUAAAUUUCUUAUGAGUGGGUUUCAGCAACUAAUCGAGAAAUUUUUGCUACCCAAGGCAAACACCCCAGAUUCGAAGGUAUUUUAUAUGAAAAUGAAAGGUGAUUAUUAUCGCUAUUUGGCUGAAAUCUCGAGUGGUGAAGGGAAAACUGGAGUGGUCGACAAAGCUCAAAUUUCCUAUCAAGAGGCGAUGGAUAUAGCCAAUUCGAAGAUGCAACCCACACAUCCCGUGAGACUUGGACUGGCACUCAACUUCUCGGUUUUCUACUACGAGAUUCUCAGUUCACCCGAUAAAGCGUGCCAACUUGCUAAAAAGGCAUUUGAUGAAGCAAUAGCCGAGCUGGACACGGUCAAUGAGGAAUCUUAUAAAGACAGCACAUUGAUAAUGCAGUUACUACGUGAUAACCUAACAUUAUGGACGUCCGAUUCGGCGGCUGACGAUCAAGAAGUCAUUGAAUCACACAAAGCUGAAUCUAAGCAACAACCUCAAGCGAAUGCUAAAUAA